AGAAAGGAUAAGACCGAAAUCAACGGACUGAAAGAUUGCUGAAUAUAGUUGUUAGUACAAAAAUGUCUGAACUGACUCCUGAACAACAAUAUGAACUCAUCACUAGGGGAUUGCAAGAGGUGCUCAAUCCUCAAAUCAUCAAAAACGUCUUGGAGGUUGAAAAGAGGCCUUUGAAGGUUUACUGGGGUACUGCUCCAACUGGUAAGCCACAUUGCGGCUAUUUUGUGCCUAUGGUCAAGUUGGCCCACUUGUUGAAGGCCGGAGUGGAGGUCACUGUCCUUGUUGCCGACUUGCACGCAUUUCUAGAUAACAUGAAAGCACCUUUGGAGGUGGUCCAACACAGAGCUAAAUACUACGAGCUUGUGGUGAAGUCUAUCCUCAGAUCGAUCAACGUUCCUGUGGACAGAUUGAAGUUUGUGCUGGGCUCUUCUUACCAACUCACCCCUCAAUACACUCUGGACUUGUUCAAGUUAUCCAAUAUUGUCUCACAGAAUGAUGCCAAGAGAGCAGGUGCGGAUGUGGUCAAGCAAGUUGCCAACCCGCUCCUUUCCGGGUUGAUCUAUCCUUUGAUGCAGGUAUUGGAUGAAGAAUACUUGGGUGUCGACGUCCAGCUAGGUGGUGUCGAUCAGAGAAAGAUUUUCGUUUUGGCCGAAGAAAACAUACAAGGUCUCGGUUACAAGAAGAGAGCACAUCUCAUGAACCGUAUGGUUCCAGGUUUGAUGCAAGGUGGCAAGAUGUCUGCAUCGGAUCCAAACUCCAAGAUCGAUCUUCUAGAAGAGCCAAAGGUGGUUAAGAAGAAGAUCAACCAGGCUUUCUGUGCUCCAGGUAACAUCGAAGAAAACGGUCUUUUGGCCUUCGUGAAAAACGUAAUAGGCCCAAUCCAUGAACUCAAGUACGGUGAGGACACUUUUGAAUUCUUUAUUGACAGACCAGAAAAGUAUGGUGGUCCGAUUUCCUUCAAGUCCUACGAAGAACUCGAAUCUACCUUUGCUAAGGAAGAGUUGUCUCCUGUUGACUUGAAGUCCGGUGUGGCCGACGCCAUCAACGUCUUGUUGACUCCAAUCAUCGAAGAGUACAAGAACAAUAAGGAGUUCCAGCUCGCUGAAGCAGAGGGUUAUCCCGCUCCACAACCAGAGAAGAAGAAGACCAAGAAGGUCAAGAACAGAGGUUCCAAGUACCCUGGCGCUAAGGAGGAAGAGGGCUCUCCGGCUCCAACACCAGAAUCCGUAACAGAAAAGCUUGAGGAAACCAAGCUUUGAUGUACUUUAUAAGCUCUUUUGUAAUAGAUGAUCAAGCCAUAGCACUUGUAAUUGCGUUC